CGAGAGCGACGUGGAGGGAAGCAAGAACGGCGACAUGGGAUAUGGCGAGGUCUUCUCAGCCAUUGACCCCGUGGUUCAGAAGCGGGUCGUAUGGAAGCUUGAUACAAGACUUCUACCUCUUCUUAGUUUGAUGUAUCUAUUCAACAGCGUUGACCGGUCAAACUUGGGAAACGCCAAAACCGAUGGUCUCGAGGGAGACCUGCAUAUGCACGGAAACCAAUACUCGAUCACAUUGGUUCUCUUUUACAUUACAUUCUGUCUACUAGACCUGCCCAUGAACUUGCUGCUGAAGAGAUUCAGCGGAAAAAUCAUGCUUCCUACCCUCAUGAUCGGAUGGGGCUCAAUGACCAUGCUCCAAUGUGCCGCUCACAACUGGGCAGGCCUUAUUGUUCUUCGUCUCAUCAUGGGCGCCUUUGAAGCCGGUUUCUUCGCCGGCGUGACCUUCUACCUCACCCUCUUUUACACACGAAACGAACUCGCUUUCCGUAUGGCCAUAUUCUACGGAUCAGCCACCAUCGCUGGCGCAUUCAGCGGCCUACUCGCCUUUGGCGUCUUCCAGAUCAAAGACCCCCAUGUUCCCGGGUGGAAGUGGCUCAUGAUCAUCGAAGGCGGCGCUACCGUCAUUCUUGCCUCUUGUGCGCUGUGGAUUCUUCCCAAAAGCAUGAGUCAAUGCAGCUGGUUCACAGAAGAAGAAAAGAUUGUCGGCGAGCAGCGUCUCCUUCAAGAUUGUAGCGUCGAGACGGACGAAAAGUUUGACCUCAAGACCGCUCUGAAGCGCAUUCUAGAUAUCAGAAUCAUGAUCUGGGCCAGCAUUGGCUUUUCGUACGGUGUAGCUACUGCGUCCGUAGCCAACUUUCUGCCCCAAAUGGUUCAGCGUCUGGGAUUUACUAUCGUCAAGACAAACCUGUAUACCGUUGCUCCAUACUGCGUCGGAUGCGUCGUUCUCCUCGCCAUCACCCGCUCGUCCGAUCUCUUCCGAGAACGCUCCCUCCAUCUGUGCUUCUCCAUGUGUCUGACCAUGAUCGGAUACAUUAUCCUGAUCAAAGUCGACACCCUGCACCACAAGGGCCUCGCAUACUUUGCGUGUUUCCUCUUGACAUCUGGCGCUUUUGCACCCAGCUGUCUCUUCCACAGCUGGCACAACAACAACCAGCCCUCCGAGAACGGACGCGCCGCCAUCACUGGCGUCCUCGUCGGCGCGAGUAACUCUGGUGGAAUCGUCAGCUCGAUCGCCUUCAAGUCCAAUACCGCCCCCAAGUAUCUCCCUGCCCUGAUCGUCACGGCGGUGUUCCAGGCCAUAGGCAUCCUCUUGAGUUUUGCUUUUGGAAUGUAUCUGAGAUGGGAUAACAAGAAACGCGAUGCCGCGCAGGGAGUCAAGCUCAAGCAAAAGGAUGUUCCGACGGACGUGCUUGCCCGGGGUCCAAAGGAUCCGAGCUGGAGAUGGCUUUACUAGUUUUUUGUUGUUAUUGAUGUUGUUAUUAUUAUCCAGUUGGCUUCAAUUGACUAUUGAUAGUUAUUUUAUUAUUUUAUAGCAGUUUUGGAAGGACUUGUAAUGAUUUUCUCAGAUGACUUGCAAAGACCUUAGAGGUAGUUACGAAUUGCCAGAGUUAGAGACCAGCAUUGGCGUUUUGGUGUAGAGUGCAGAUAGCGAAUACCUGUCAUUUGGUAGAGUGUGGAAUGUAUAGAUUUUUGCGAUAGUAGCAGUAUCUUGAAAGUCUCAGGACGAAGUCGAUGGAAUAUUUAGAUCUUCGAGCCUUGGGAUCUAGCUCUCCUAUGCGCCGAGAAUUCAU